GCGCCUGCGCACGUGUGUUUUUUAUUUAUUGCCACUCUUUCUUUCGAAGUCACAGAAUACAGUUUUUUUUUUCUUCACCUCUUACGCUCUAACUUGCACUAUCGGAAGAGCUAUUAUCCGAUUUUCUUUCUUUUCUCUUUCUCUCGCCGUGAAUCUGUCGGAAGUCGUCUCGUUCUUUUGAGCUGCGUGCGUGUUGAACCCCCACGCGGUUUGCUUCAUCCACUAAGAGAGUUGAAAGAAGAGAGAGUUUGCCGUCGGCGGAAUUCCUUUUUUUUCUUGUGUGAAGUACGGCUUCUCUUCACCGUCUUCUCCGGACGCACCCGAGAGGGAGAGAGGAAUAAUAAUAAAAGUAAAAAAUAACUUCAAUUCCGAUUCGUUAGCGAAAUAAAUCGGUUUAUGUCGACGAAGGAGAAGGCGGGGAAUAACAUCGAAUUUACUGCUUUGCAUUUCAGAGAGCUCACCUUUUUCGCAUCCACUGCUUCUCACUCUUCCCCCCAAGAAACACAGCGCUGUCUUUUUUUAAACAUCCGCAGUUGUUCCGUUGACCUUCUCUUCUUUUUCAUUUUUUCUUAUUGUCGGGACUGUGGUUACGUUGCUCUUAAGCUGUUUUUUCUUUUUCUUCUUCUCUAAAUUUAUUAGUCCGGUGGAACAGCGGGUUUACUAGCCGCUGUUGCACAUCUUUGGGGUGUGAGGUUCUUCUGCAGACGUCGUGAAGCUGCCACGCAGCCCUUUUCUUUUUACAGUUCUUUGUUGUGCUCUCUCUCUCUCAUAUAUAUAUAUAGCUUUAUUGUUAUUAUAAUAUUAUUCUUCGAAAGUGUUUAGAUGAGCAGCCCCAUUUUCCCCGCGAUGGACAGUAGCCCGUGCGAGAGGGCAGGCGAUACGUCCGAUAAGCCAGCGAAGCGGUCAAGCUUCACCAUUCAGCCCGAGGCGCUGCAUGAACUCGUCAACGAAGGCAGCGAAGGGACCACGAGGCGACUGGCCAGUCUGGGCGGGCUGGAAGGACUCGCUGCGCACCUCAAGACGGACCUCGCGAAAGGCAUCGACGUGAGCAACCCCGCGGCGCUGGCGGAGCGGCGGGCGGCCUUCUCCGUCAACGAGCUCCCCGCGGCGGAGGAGACGAGUUUCCUCGACAUGGUGCUGGAGUCACUAGAAGACCGCAUGAUGCAGAUCCUCAUCGUCAGCGCGGUGGUGUCUCUCGUGCUGGGGCUUACUGUGCCGGACCCGGCCACCGGUUCGGUGGACUACCGCCACGGCUGGAUUGAGGGGGCGGCCAUCCUGUUGUCCGUCACACUGGUCACCUUCGUAAGCAGUGUCAACAACUACCAGAAGGAGCAGAAGUUUAAGGAGCUCACGAAAGCCACCCCACCUGUAAAAGUGCAGGUGAUUCGAUCCGGCACGACGGUCGAGAUUACGGAUAAGGAACUGCUCUCGGGCGAUCUGCUGACGGUGGCAGGGGGCGACGUGCUCACCGUGGACGGUGUUGUGCUGCGCAGCACGUCGCUGAAGGUGGACGAGUCCGCUGCCACGGGCGAGAACGACGACGUCCCCAAGUCGGCGCACGGCGAUUACGUUCUGCGGUCCGGCACCAACGUAACGGAGGGCGAGGGCACGAUCCUCGUCAUGGGCGUCGGCGUGCACUCCUUCGCAGGGCACAUCGCCAUGCAGGUGCGCCAGGCGAAGGAGGAGACGCCGCUGCAGGAGAAGCUGACGGAGCUGGCAGACCUCAUCGGCUACUUUGGCAUGAUCGCCGCGGGCCUCAUGUUUGUGCUGCUCAGCGGAAAGGAGUUCUUGGACACGGUGGUGUACCGCAAGCACCCCAUUGGCUACAAGAAGUACCUCGACAACCUGACGACGGCGGUGACGAUUGUGGUGGUGGCCGUACCGGAGGGUCUGCCGCUGUCGGUGACGAUUGCGCUGGCCUACAGCAUGAAGCAGAUGCUCAAGGAGAACAACCUCGUGCGCCACCUCGCUGCCUGUGAGACGAUGGGCAGCGCCACGACGAUCUGCACCGACAAGACUGGCACCAUCACGCAGAACGACAUGUGCGUGACGGACGGCGUGACGUCAUACGGCACUGCCUACGUCGUCCCACGCAAGAUGGCGGACGGGAGCAGCCGGCCGCACUCCUCGUCUCCCUCUGAAGUGACAGUAUCAUCCACAUCAUCCGUCUCAGCGACAACACGAUCGCCACCGCAACAGCAGACCGUCGACAUCCUCAACACCUCCGCGGUGGCGGGGGUGCGGCAACUGCUGAUGGAGUGCAUCACCAUGAACACGAAGUCCACCCGUACCCUCAUCGAGUCCCCGCGGGCGCAACACGCCAGUGUGCGGCUGACGGGCAGCAAGACCGAGCAGGCCUUGCUCAACUUCGUAGACGCCCUCGGCGAGGACCCGAUGCAGCUGCGCACACAGCGGCUGGGUACACUGCAGAAGGCCAACACGCAGCUCAUCUCGUCCCCGUAUACACCGAUACCGUGGCCGGCCGGGCAGCGCAACAAUGUCGUGGCCGCUGCCGCCACCUUUACCAUGGACCUGCACCUUUACCCCUUCACCUCUGCCCGGAAGCGUAUGACGACGGCGCUGAUGCUGCGCGCGGAGAACAUCGUUCGGUACUACGUCAAGGGUGCCAGCGAGCUGAUCUUGGCAGAGUGCAGCCACACCUUCAACGCGGCGGGCGCGCGCGUGGCGGUGUCGCAUGAGGUGCGAGUGCAGCUGGAGGAGGCCAUCAUGGCCAUGGCUCGCCGUCAGCUCCGCACCAUUGCGGUGGCCUACGCAGAUCACCCCAUCCCCUUCCCCUCCUCCGCUGCCGCCAAAGGGGGCGGGGCGAGCGGUGACUUCACGGCAUCGCCCUUCGUGGCGGACGACACACAGCUGGAGGGGCUGACGCUGCUCGGCAUUGUGGGCAUUCGUGACCCGGUGCGGGCGGAGGUGCCGGAGGCCAUCGCGCAGUGCCGCCGCGCCGGCGUCGUGGUGCGCAUGAUCACCGGCGACAACAAAGCCACCGCCGUCAGCAUCGCCAAGGAGGUCGGCAUCUACGGCGAGGUGUGGGCGGGCCCGGCGCAGGGGGAGCAGGGACUCGCCCUCGAGGGCCCGCAGUUCCGCGAGCUGGCGCGGAGUGCGCGGAAGCUGAACGCGAUUCUGCCGCGCCUGCAGGUGAUCUCGCGUGCGUCGCCGCUGGACAAGCGCAUUCUCGUAUCGGCGCUGAUGCAGCGGGGCGAGGUGGUGGCGGUGACCGGCGACGGCACCAACGACGCACCGGCGCUGAAGGGGGCGAACGUCGGCUUCUCCAUGAACUCCGGCACCGAGGUGGCGAAGCUGGCCUCGGAUGUCGUCAUCCUCGACGACAACUUCAGUACCAUCGUGACCGCCAUGAAGUGGGGCCGCAACGUGAACGAUAACAUUUCGAAGUUCCUGCAAUUCCAAAUGACGGUGAACGUGGCGGCGGUGCUGGUGUCGUUUUUGGGCGCGCUACUUGACGGCAACGGCGAGUCGCCGCUGAAGCCGGUGCAGCUGCUGUGGCUGAACUUGAUCAUGGACACGCUGGCCGCCCUGGCGCUCGCGACGGAGACGCCGUCGAAUGAGGUGCUGCUGCGCUCACCAAAGGCGAAGGCGGCCCCGCUCAUCACGCGGCGCAUGUGGCUGAACAUCGGCGGCCAGUCCAUCUAUCAGAUUCUUCUCCAGCUCUGGCUGAUUCACGGCGGCGCCGGCUACUUUGGGCUCGUCCAGGACUCCGAGGAGCACUUCACCGUCGUGUUCAACACCUUUGUGCUGCUGCAGCUGUGCAACGAGUUCAACGCCCGCCUCCUUGGCAACGAGAUGGUUGUGUGGCACAACAUUCGCCAUGCGCCGAUGUUUCUCCUCGUCGUAGGGAGCACCUUUGUAAUUCAAAUUUUAGCGGUGCAGUACGGCGGGGCGUUGAUGCGCUGCGUGCCGCUCUCGGCGGAGCUCUGGAAGAAGUGCUUCCUGCUGUCUGUGGUGCCGCUGCCGUUGGGCAUCCUCCUGCGCCGAAUGAACAUUCACGAGAAGACCGUACCGCCGCCGCCACCGAUCGUCGAUGAGGCGGAGGAGGCCGCCCUGCAGCUCGCUGAGAAGCAGCGGACCCGUCCUACGUUGAGAAAAGCUGCGGCCACGGUGUGCGCACAGCUGCGAGUGGUGAGGGCGUUCCAGUCCAAUAUGCAGGAGCGCAAAAAGGCUCGCAUCGCGUAA